AUGAUAAGCACCAUUGCUCAAGAUUUAAAUACAUUUGGUAUUGGUCUAUCUAAUCAUUGGUUGUAUCCAACAGAGACUGAGCUCUUUAAUUAUACCCUGUCACAAGGUUCAACUUUUGGGGUUCUUACUCAUUUUUGGACAACUGGUGAUCCAGCAAUUGAUGAAUCUAUUUUUUCAUAUUAUAUCGAUGGAGAACAUGUACCAUCAAUACAAUUUGUAACCUAUAUGUUAGUUGGAGCUGGUUUUAAUGAUCAAACAACACCAUGGGGAACUAAAUGGAUUGGUAAAGAAGCAAAAAAUGGUGGUUGGUAUAAUAAUUUUCGAGUACCAUUUCAAAAAUCUAUACGAAUUACUGGUAAAUUACCAUUAACAAAAACUAAUCGAAAAAUGAUUUGGAUUAUUUUACGUGGUACAGAAAAUUUACCAACAAAUUUUCAUGGUUUUCAACUUCCAUGGAAUGCUCGUUUAAUUUUACAUAAAAUUGAAAAUCAAACUUAUAAUCCAUUAUCAUGGGUACCUCUUGUUGAUAUAUCUAGUGGUCAAGGUCUACUUUUUUCACAUACAUUAGCUGUUAUUAGUGGUUUAAUUGUUUCAACAGGUACAGAAGAUUAUUUUGAUAGUGCUUUUUAUUUUAAUGCUGGACAAUAUCAUAAUGAAAUAUCUGGUUAUACACAUUAUAAAGAAUUAUCAAAUAAUAUAUAUGAAUGGUCAGCUUAUCGUUUACAUGAUUUAGAUCCAAUAUUUUUUACGAAUGGUUUUCGAUUUCAAUGGAGAAAUGGUGAUGUUAUUGAUGAUGAUGGAUUUAAAUGUAUUAUUAAUCAAGGUGGACAUAUUGUUGGAGCACCGACUCAAUCAAUUGUAACAUCAUAUACAUGGAUUUAUAUAUGGUAA